AUGGUGCUGAUGGCAGCAACAUACGCUCCUUUCCGUCUCCAUCUUGGGGGUCAACGACCUGUGACAAAUUUGACGCACAAACCGCCAAAUAGCUCAAGAUCGACCAUUGUCUGGCUCCCUCGCAAGCGUACAACUCCACAUCAAGAUCCAACCUCACGCCAGGAAACUACCUUGUCCGCAACGAAAUCAUCGCUCUCCAUCUCGCCACAUCCUCGACAGUACGGAGUUCUAUCCCACCUGUUCGCAGCUCAGGUUAGCACAUCGGGCACUGGAGUUCCUGACCCUUCGAGGUUGGUCAGUUUGCCAGGCGCGUACAGCGACAACGACCCUGGCAACUUUCAUUCCCAGGUGUUCGAUGCCAUUUCACCAUACACCUUCCCCGGUCCUCCUGUCCCUGCAUUCAUGAGCGGUGGCACUUGCACUCCUGGUAACGCAAUCCCGCAUCUUCAACGGCAACGGCAACCCAGACCAGUGGCGCCACUGGGACGUCGACGGGCAAGUCUGGCUCUUUGUCGGUCGUUCCACGGCCUCCGCGACGGCAGCCAGUGCCACCCACCUACCCCCGACACUUCAGCAGGGUCAUGCGUAGACUUAAAACGCCUCUGGUUACGACACCCCACCAUCCACGACAUGCACGCCUGCGAUUAUGACUGCUGUUUAGAUCCCGCCUUACUGUAUUCAUACCCAGUCACCCAUAUUAUAGGUUGUAUAGUACAUUGUUAUCAUGGCAAUAUAAUCCGGCCUCUCGUUAAUUUGGUCUCUCGUUCUUGA